CGGACUAUGUUAUAUGGAGCAUAUACACAACCCCCUGCCAAAACCCUGAACUUUAGAGAACUCUCAGCUUCUUUCAAUGUAAACGCAACGCAUACGGAGACUCAUGCUCGAAUGGUUCUUCAAAGCUCGUUCCACGUUUAGAUUACAAAUCUUUUAAGACCCGACUCUUUCGUAAUUAUUCCUGUUUUCUGGAAUAUAAAUGGCUUCUUUGUUCAAGGAUCUAAAUAAGCUCUUAGCUUAUCGAGAUAGGAGAUUUCCUGGAUCACAAGAAGAAUUUGAGGAAGCACUAAAGAACUCAACUACUGUUUAUAUUGGAAACAUGUCUUUCUACACGACAGAAGAGCAAGUUUAUGAGUUGUUUUCUCGGGUUGGAGAGAUUAAAAAGAUGACCAUGGGUUUGGAUAAGAAUUCAAAAACCCCUUGUGGAUUUUGUUUUGUAUUAUAUUACUCCAGAGAAGACACCGAAGAUGCUGUGAAGUAUAUAAGUGGUACUAUACUUGAUGAUCGUCCUAUCCGUGUGGAUUUUGCCUGGGGUUUCCAAGAGGGUAGAUAGUUGGGACGUGGUCGAAGUGGUGGUCAGGUCUGUUGUUUGUCAUCUCA